AUGACUGGCUUCAACUUUUCUACGGAGGGAAAAUCGGUCGUUGAGAAAUGGAGUGAGUUUGUUCAAGGAAAGACAGUGGUCGUCACUGGGGCAAGCGAGGGAGGCCUCGGAGCCAAUACCGCCAUAGCUCUGGCACAUGGGAAACCGCACACCCUGAUUCUUCUCGCUAGAAGUGAGGGUAAAGUCUCCAAUGUCAUCAACUCAAUCAAGCAAAUUAGCCCCAUGACAGCAGCUUCCUUUGUCCGUAUUGAGCUCGAUGACUUUGAUACAGUUCGCCAGGCGGCAUCAGCUAUACUUGCCCAAGCUGAGAAGAUUGAUAUUCUUAUAAACAAUGCCGGUGUAAUGGCCAUCCCAUGGGAGAAGAAUAAGGAUGGGAUUGAGAAGACUUUUGCUAUCAACCACUUAGGCCACUUCCUCCUCACCAAGCUACUGCUACCUUUGAUGAUUAAAGCAGGGCCAGGUUCCCGAAUUGUGAACCUGACCAGUGCUGGAUACAAAAUGGGCCCGUUUCGGGUCGACGAUUGGAACUUUUCGGUGAGUAACGCCAUUUCCACCAUCGUUGAGUCUACAUUGGCUCACACUGAAGGGAUUCAGGACGGUCAAACAUACCACCCUUUAACGUCCUAUGCACAAUCAAAGACGGCAAAUAUCCUGUUCACGGCUGCUCUAGCCGAGCGCAGCGCGAAAUACGGCAUCGCCGCUUUUGCCGCACACCCUGGAUACAUCCCCGGUACAUCGCUCACAUCGCAUAUCCCAUCCCUAGAUCCCCAAGAGAUGGAUAGAGUUUCCCGGGAAAGUACUGGGGAGCCCUUCGGCCCUGAUGAGCCGAAGUCACCGGAGCAAGGCACCGCGACUACUCUGGUCGCAGCGUUAUCACCAGAUCUGGUCACCAGAAGCGGAUCUUAUGUGGCGGAUUGCCAGAUUGAACCAGUACGGGAGUACGCGAAGAGCCCGGAGAUAGCUAGCAGGUUAUGGAAGCUUAGUGAGGAACUUGUAGGAGAGAUGUUUGAGUUAUAG